AUGAGUGAAAAAAGAAUCAUGAAGGAGGAUAUUAAUAUGGAUAAUAAUAAGGGUAAUAAUAAGGAUAUUAAUAUGGAUAAUAAUAAGGGUAAUAAUAAGGAUAUUAAUAUGGAUAAUAAUAAGGGUAAUAAUGAGGAUAUUAAUAUGGAUAAUAAUGAGGAUAAUAACAAGGAUAAUAAUGAGGAUAAUAAUGAGGAUAAUAACAAGGAUAAUAAUGAGGAUAAUAAUGAGGAUAAUAACAAGGAUAAUAAUGAGGAUAAUAAUGAGGAUAAUAACAAGGAUAAUAAUGAGGAUAAUAAUGAGGAUAAUAAUGAGGAGUUCAUUAACUCAGAGGACAUAAUAAGAGAAGGGACGUUUUCACAUAAUAAGAAUGAAAAUCAGAGAGGAAUAGAGAAAAUGGUUUCAAUGGAUUCACUUGAAAAUAUUUCUCCAUCCAAGCAUCAAAAUAAUAAUCAAGACAACAACUCUAAAAUGUUGGAAGAAAUGGCAGGUGGUUCUACUACGCUAUAUAGCGAUGUAACUAUAGGACCAACUCAACGUGAAAUAACAGAUGGAAAUAAUUUGCUUUUAAAAAGUAAUGGCUUAAAAAGUGGUAUGUCUAAAAUAGAUAUGUCAGGUGUAUAUGGGUCCACACAAUCAAAAGCAGUAGCAAACGUAGCAGCAAACGUAGCAGCAAACGUAGCAGAUGAAGCAGUAGCAAACGUAGCAGAUGAAGCAACCCCCCUAGGUGAUAACGCAUCACUUGAAGAAAACACAGAACAUGUAACAGUCGAUCGGAGCAAAAGUGGUUACACUUACGAACAUCCCAGUGGAAAAAGCGCUUUGAAGAAGAAUUCCUAUUUAAGCAUGGAGGAAAAAGUAGAAGAAAUCAUAUGCAAUGAUAAGAAAAAAAUAAAGACGUCAUAUGAGGAAAGGAAACAGGAGGGGGAAGCACACAAAACGGAUGGCGUAGAUGAUGACAAAGUGAAGGAUGACAAAGUGAAGGAUGACAAAGUGAAGGAUGACAAAGUGAAGGAUGACAAAGUGAAGGAUGACAGAGUGAAGGAUGAAAGAGUGAAGGAUGAAAGAGUACAGGGAAAAGGCAGUUCGGACAUAAAUUGCACCAACAACGAAUAUAAUGAAAAAAGGGUAAAGAGCAGUUUAAGUAGUAGUGAAGACGUACAAGAAGGAGAUGGUGAUAGUGCUCCUCCUUUAAAUAAAUUUAAUUCUACUUCUACUGAGAUGCCAUCCAAUAAUGAACUGCUAGGUAGAACAUAUUCGAAUAAGAAUAUAAAAUUUUUUCAAAAAGAAGAAAAAAUAGAUAAUUGUGUUGAUGAGAUAAACUAUAGGACAAGUAAAAGCAAAGCACAUGACCAAGGCAAGGAAAAAAGGGAUAUGAAUAAUAAUAGGAUAUAUAAAACUCCACAAAAAAUAAAAAAUAUAGAUGAAUUCUUAACGGAAAAAAGAAGUAAUCAAGGAGUAACUGUCUUUGUAGGGGAAAAAAUACAAAAGGUUAAAGCUGAUUUUAAAUAUGGUGAAGAUGUACCUGUUAAAACUCAUAGUCGAACAAUAUAUGAAUCACAGUAUAGUGAGGAAUAUAGGUACCAUGAAUUACAUGGUGAAAGAAUCAUUGAAAAGAAGAAUGAGAAAACUGUUUUUAUAGCACAAAGAUGUGAAAGAAGUAAUGCAGAUGCACGUGCGGGGGAAGCGCUAAUUAAAAAGAAACCAGAAAAAAUUGUUUUCGAAGCACAAAGAUGUGAAAGAAGUAAUGCAGAUGCAAGAGCAGGGGAAGAACUAGUUAAGAAAAUUCCAGAAAAAAGCAUUUUCGAAGCACAAAGAUGUGAAAGAAGUAAUGCAGAUGCACGAGCGGGGGAAGCAAUAGUUAAGAAAACUCCAGAAAAAGCCGUUUUCGAAGCACAAAGAUGUGAAAGAAGUAAUGCAGAUGCAAGAGCAGGGGAAGAAUUAGUUAAGAAAAUUCCAGAAAAAAGCAUUUUCGAAGCACAAAGGUGUGAAAGAAGUAAUGCAGAUGCACGGGCUGGAGAAAACAUAAAGGAAAAAGGUAAUGGCAUGUAUGUAUUCGAAUCGCAAGGUAGUAUUAGCAGUACUGCUGAUGUAAGAUCAUGUGAAAAAUUAGAAGAAAAAAACAAUGAAAAGGUAAUAUAUGAAGCCCAAAAAUGUAAAGAAAGUAUUGCAGAUUUUAGAUCUUCAGAUAAGAUAAAAGAAGUCAUGAAAAGAAACUUGUCCGAUGAGUGUCACACCAUCUAG